UCCCUGAGUUUAAGUUUUAAUAAAUUAUAUAUGUAACAGAACAACAAACAUGAGAAGUAUGAAAAGAAACUGGUUUCUGCUCUUUUGCACUAUACAUUGUUUUCAAGCAGCCUUUGGUAUAACAUUAAAAGACAGCAGCGAUCCAAUAUCUGCUGUUGAGGGAGCGACGGUUACAUUAAUAUGUAGUUUUAACUCUUCAAAAGAUGUUGUAUUUGAAUGGAAACAUGAGGGAACGACUGUGAAAACCUCAGAUACUGUGUAUGAAGGUAAAAUAUCAAACACAAUGAGGCAACUGAUUAUUAAGAAUGUGAAGCUUCAGAAUGAAGGAAGUUACACCUGCACUGGUUCUAAUAGUGAAGGAACAGCGCAAGGACUCAUCAAGUUAAAAAUUAUCAGAAUUAAACCAGAUAUUCUUGACAUACCACAGCAGUACUUGAGUAAAAACUCCAGAUAUACAAUUAAUUGCUCUGCACCUAAUGCUUCACCAAAGCCAACAUACGUUUGGUCCAGAAAGAAUGCUUUUUUUGAUGCGAAACAUGUCAAGGAUCAUGGGAACGGUUCAUUAACAAUAAAUAGUAUGAGAGAACAAGACGAAGGUGAAUAUACAUGUGAAGCCAAAAAUAGUGCAGGCGUGGAUUCAGAAAAGUUUAAACUGACCUUAGUUAAUUCAACUGUUUGGUUGAAAGAACUGCAAAGUAUGCAAAAAAAAGCAGGAGAAAGUUUCACACUCGAAGUAAGUUUGGUAGCUGCAAUAGACAUUGCCAAGAUGAUCUGGCUAAAGGACAGAAAUGUUGUUCCUCACGAUAGAUAUUCUCUAGAAGUAGCAGGAGCAAAGUAUACAUCGAGGUUAAGAUUCGACAAAGUUAAUAUUGACGAUGCUGGUGAAUAUGGAGUAACAGUGGAAUAUACACAAUUAUCAGGGCCAACAAAAUAUGCUAAUUUAACAAUUUUAUCAAAGCCAAUUGUAGACAUUGGUGAGGGUGACGAAGUAACCAUAUCGGAAGGAUCGAAAACAAUCUUUGUUUGCAUGGUGCAAGCAUAUCCAGCACCUACCAAAGUUCAAUGGCUAAGAAAUAAUACUGUCAUACCAAAAUCAGAUCUCAGUCAAACCAUAUCUGUAACUGGUUUGCGAACUACAAUAAUGCUGCAAAUGAACAAAGUGAUGUUUGAUGAUGGUGGAGAUUACAAGUGUUCUGCUACAAAUUCAGAAGGAGAGGGUUCGGCAACUGUCAAACUGAUUGUAGAAGCUGUUGCAGGUCCUUCAGAGAAAGAUAACAAUAAAACAGUUCUCAUCGUGGUGGUUGUGGUCAGUGUUGUCAUCAUUCUACUCAUUGUUGUUUUCGUCUUCUUGUACAUAAGAUUUAAAGAAGCAUGGUGUGGAGGGUACACUGACGCUAAUGGAACAUUUUAUACUGACUUAGUGCAAGAAGAAAAAGACGCGUCGUGCUUAGCAGACAUCGAGAAGAAUCCAUACUCAAUAAAGAAGAACAUCAACAUUUCAAUGAAACAUGCCGAUCGUAGCGGUUCUGUCAGUACCAAUGGAAGACUCUUCUCAGAUACGUCGAGAGCACCUCCAUCAAAAGGUCGUAGCUUAAGUCGCAGUUUGAAAAUGUCGUUGAAAUCACCCAAUGCUAGUGUGUCUGAGAAUCAUUACGCGCCGCUAGACACGAUUUCUAGUCAAGGUAAAGCCAUCGAGUUUAAACAUAUUACAUUCGAUGAAAUGCUUGGUACAGGCGAGUACGGGCUAGUGAAUGGUGGUCGUAUAAUUGACAGUGAAGACAGUGUGGUGUAUAAAGACGUCUCAAUCAAAAUGUUGAAAGAGGAAGCAUCUGCCCAAGAGCGCCGUGACAUAUUAGCUGAGCUUCGUAUGAUGCGCAGAAUUUCAAAACAUCCCAACGUGAUAGCUUUUGUUGGAUGGUGCAUUACUGAUGACAACGUGUACGUAAUUGAAGAAUACGCGCCCUAUGGUAGUUUAUUGACGUUCUUGCGCACCCAAAGAUCGCUAAGUCAGAGCACUGAAUCGUUGGAUCAACUUCCUCCUGAAGACAGAGUGGAUGCUAAAACAUUGUUGUCCUUUAGUUGGCAGAUUGCAUCAGGCAUGGACCAUUUAGCUAAUUUGCAGGUGGUCCAUCGUGACCUUGCUUGCCGCAAUAUUUAUUUGGGUCAUGAGAAGACGUGUAAAAUAUCUGAAUAUGGACUUUGUCGAGACAUCUACGCUGAAAAUGUUUACAGAAAAACCACAGGGGGCCAACUUCCUGUACGAUGGAUGGCACGCGAAGCUGUUUUUGAUGGACAAUAUACAACCAAGUCAGAUGUUUGGUCGUUCGGCGUUUUAAUAUGGGAGUUAGCUACUCUCGGAAAAAUCCCUUAUCCUGGGAUUGUCCGAACUGAACAACUGUUGGACGAGUUAGAAUCUGGAUACCAUAUGGAAAACCCUGGGCACAUUUCAACAGAUUUGUACCUUUUGAUGAAUUCAUGUUGGGCACACGAGCCAGAAAGCCGUCCGACAUUUGCGAAGUUGCGAUCACAACUAGGUGAUUUUAUGAAUGAGCAAGACGACAUACAUAUCGAUCUUCAGAAGUUAUUCGAGCAGGAAUACCGAGACAGCGACGAUUACUUAAAAUCGCCUACAGAGGACUUCCAUCUCCCGCCUUCAUUUCAAGCUACUGGAAACGAGCUAGCAGAAGAUCCACAAACUAUAUCUGCGGUCAAUGCUUAAAAGAUCAGCUGGCGUAACGAGUCUAUUUUAAACUACCUCUGUUAAUCGAUUGCACUCGAUUAGUCAGUUUCAUCGUAGGGAAUUCGAUUCCUUAGGCUUGUCUCGAUACAUUUAUUUAAAAUUUUAAGGUCUAGACAAAAGUAGUCCUAUCUUCUCUGUUGUUUUUGAACAUUAAGAAUGAUUUUUCAUUCGCUACAAUGUUCAAUCCUUCAACAAAGGACAUGCAACACAUCAAAAUGAAGAUAUGCAUUAGUUAGAUAUAAAAUACAGACCACGUCCACGGUGCUUGUUGCUUCUUUUGGCUGAUUUAUAUUUCCAAAAAAGGCAAGAAAAAAGUAACGUUAAAUUUGUUUUUUAUUUGCGCCGCAGAGAAUAUAACACUUUUUGACAAAAGUUUUUGAUACAUAUAAUUUAUUUUUCUGUAAAUUUAGUGUUUAAAUGUUUGUUUUGUAGAAAUUAUUUAUAACUGCCAUUAUUUCUUGUUUCGUGUACUGAUGAUGUAGCUUCUUUUUCUCAGUCUGUGCUUUUCGCUUUUUUUUUCUUCGUUAUAUUAGAUCUCUAUAAGUUUUUUAUUUUAUUUUUAUAUAUUUUCUUGGUUUCAUAUCACACUAUGUUUUUGAACAAGACGCAAUUACCAAUUUUCUACUGAACUUUUCGUCAUUAAAGAUCCCUUAAAAAGUAAAAAAUUAAUUUAAAUUUUUCGUGUUAAUAAGUUCAUUCGUUGACUUCCAUUUUGAACUGUCAAAUCAGUUGAUUCAGCUGAUUAGCGUGAUCUUCUGAGAAUAGCCUAAGCGUGAUCUUUCAAUCGUCGCUCGCGCUUUUUGCUGUUACUUCGUAUAUCGUCUCUCCUAAAUGUCAUACUUGUAUUGUUUUUGUUACCCUUUUACAUCAGGAUUAUUUUUAUACGUAAAAAUGUACAUAGCUUUAACUGUAUUUGCAAAAAAAAAGUUUUUGUUAUUA